CAAGCAACAGCGACAUCACUCGAACAACUCCCACUUGAUACCCUUACUUGCUUGCCUUCACACAUAUACGUCACUAUGGAUAACCUUGGCAAAAUCUCCGCGUUCGGAAAGAGCUUCGGUGCUUCUUUUACACCCUUUGCUGCCAGGACACAGCAGUAUGUCAAGGAGCAGCUUGGUCAGGCUGAGGACAAGACCCAGCUUCCUCCGGACUACAUUGAGCUCGAGAAGCGCGUCGAUGCGCUGAGGAAGGUGCACACGACCAUGCUCCAGGUCACCUCGCAGUACUCCAACGAAGCUUACGACUACCCUGCGAACCUCCGCGAAUCCUUCAACGAUCUCGGCCGCACCGUCUCAGAGAAGGUCAACCUCCUGUCAAGCGCGACUUCUCCCGCAGAGGCUCAGGCAGCCCUCACCGCGCCUCCUUCUGCGAAGCCCCAGCCUAAGACCUUCAGCCAUGCUGUUGCCCGCGCAGCCCUGAACAGCUCGCACAUGCUCACCGCUGAGCAGUCCGGCUCGAGCGAGGAUCCCCUGGCUACUGCCCUCGAGAAGUACGCCAUUGCCAGCGAGAAGGUUGGCGAGGCCCGUCUGGCGCAGGACGCCCAGAUCCAGAGCAGAUUUCUGGCUGGCUGGAGCACGACUCUCAACACCAAUAUCCAGUUCGCAACACGUGCGCGCAAGCAGGUCGAGAACUCGAGACUGAGUCUGGAUGCCACCAAGGCCAACGCUAAGGGUGGUGCUUUCACUCUGCCUGGUCAGGCAGGCCGCAAGGACGGCGGUGAGGAUGAUCUGAGCGAGGAGGCUCGUGCUAAGAUUGAGCAGGCCGAGGAUGAAUUCGUCGGCCAGACAGAGGAAGCUGUAGGCGUUAUGAAGAAUGUCCUCGACACACCCGAGCCCCUCCGCAACCUCGCCGACCUCAUCGCCGCCCAGCUUGAAUACCACAAGAAGGCAUACGAGAUUCUGUCUGAGUUGGCGCCAGUCGUCGACCAGUUGCAAGUCGAACAGGAGCAAAAGUACCGCAACCCCCACUGAUCGGUUCGUUGUAUAGGCCAGCUACCGCAAGACACGCGACGAGGCUUGAGAUAGCGGUGUUUGAUCUCGUUUGGAUACUGAAGGGUCAUACCAUGGGUUCUUGACACGGGUCUGGA